AUGAAUUUUACAGACCCUCCUUCCACAGAUUACCCCUACGAUUCAGACUAUGCUUCUCAAAUCAUGCCGCCUUGUUCUAAGCUGGAAGUCAGGAACUUCACAAAAGCAUUUCUGCCAGUUGCAUAUUCUUUGAUUUGUAUCAUUGGCCUCUUUGGUAACAUCUUUGUGGUGAUGACCUUCACUUUAUAUGAAAGAACCAAGUCCAUGACGGAUGUCUACCUCUUCAACAUGGCCAUAGCAGACAUACUGUUUGUUCUUACUCUCCCUCUGUGGGCAGUGAAUUACGCUGCUGAUGAGUGGAUUUUUGGUGAUUUCGUUUGCAAAAUGACUAGAGGUAUCUAUGCAAUCAACUUCAGCUGUGGCAUGCUGCUUUUGGCCUUUAUCAGCGUGGACCGGUACAUUGCUAUUGUACAAGCAACAAAGUCUUUUAAACUCAGGGCAAGGACUCUUGCACACAGUAAACUCAUUUGUUUGGCUGUGUGGAUAUCAUCAAUUUUAAUCUCCAGUUCCUCUUUUCUGUACAGCGAAAGUUACAGCUUCCCCAUCAAUGAAACCAAAGAGAUUUGUGAUCAGAGAUUUGGAGGAAUGUCUGAAAGUACAAUGCUGAAAUCGCUGCUGCUGUGGCUACAAGUUGCAUUUGGAUUUUUUAUACCUUUCAUAUUCAUGAUUUUUUGCUACACCUUCAUUGUCAAAUCCUUACAACAAGCUCAUAAUUCCAAAAGAAACAAAGCAAUCCGUGUGAUUGUAUUAAUUGUAGCUGUCUUCCUAGUUUGCCAGGUACCUUAUAACAUUGUUCUUCUCAUAACAGCUGUCAACAUGGGCAAGAUCGACAAAUCUUGUGACAGUGACAAGAUAAUGGCUUAUGCAAAAUACACCACUGAAGCCAUAGCAUUUUUACACUGUUGUGUGAACCCUGUGCUCUAUGCAUUUAUUGGAGUGAAGUUCAGAAGUUAUUUUGUGAAGCUAAUGAAGGACCUAUGGUGCAAGAGAGACAAGAAAGACAAUAAACGUAGUUCAAGGACAAACUCUGAUACUUAUCAUUCAAGACAGACUAGUGAAAUUCUGACUGACAAUGGAUCAUCUUUUACUAUAUAA